AUGGCGGACGCCCACAACCCCCCGCUCAACUAUGAAGCGUCCAACACCACCACCAACCCAUUGAUCUCCACGACCCUGCCUGCGGAAGUAUCACAAUGCCUCAAGAAUGCCCGUUUCCUCCAUCUCGCGACAAUCAGUGCAAGCCAGACUAGCCCGGCAACUCCCCAUGUGUCCCUGAUGAACUACACUUUCCUGCCCUCCUACGACCACCAUGGCCCUGUGAUCAUCAUGACCACCAACGCAAAGUCCAUGAAGACCCAGAACCUGAUGCACAAUCCGAAGGUAUCGAUCCUGGUGCACGACUGGGUAUCCCAUAGACCGCCGACGGCCACGUCAGUGAGUGGCGAGCAACGAGCCGGAUCUCCGCCCGCUGCCGCAGCUCGCUCGUCUCUCGCCACUCUUCUUCUGAACCUGAACACUUCUGCCCUCAGCUCAAUAUCAACCACCAUAGCAGGCGAAGCAAGAUUCCUGGAACAAGGCAGUGACGAGGAGAAGUGGUGCAAAGAAGCUCAUCUAGCGAAUAACACAUUCGGAGGUCAAGUAACGCAAGAGGCAGGGUUUUUCAGCGGAGAGCCAGCAACGGCCGAUACGGAGAAUAGCAGCUGUUAUAUUGAAGGAGAUGAUGUAAGGGUGGUCAUUGUUCCCGUGCGUGAAGGGAGGAUAGCGGACUGGAAGGGGGGUGUCAAAGAUUGGGUCUUGGUCAAUGAAGGUGCUUCACCUACAAGUGCUACUGGGAACUCUGCCCCAGGGCAAAGAGGCAGAAGUAAUGGCCAACCGCUGGUGAACGGGAUCAGGGAUUGA